CCUACACAGGAAGGUCCAGUCCUACAUUCAACCUUAUCAGGUUCCAAUGACUUUUCAUUAGAAUUUAUAAAUUAUAAUAUAUUGAAGCGUUUACUUCAAUGUCCUUAUAUAUUUUGCAGGUCACAAAAUAGUAAGCACAUAUAGCUCAUCCGUGACACAUCCUAAUACGAAUUCCUCAUUUUUGGCCUGCAAAAGUUCAACCGAGGACCAAAGACCGAAUGGACUUGCCUGCUCAGCCAUCCGGCUUGAUAACCUAAAUUAAUUUAAUAUUAAUUUGAUUGGCUACAUUUUUCUGAUCUUCGAAUUCAAAUUGUUAUUUUCUCUUUAGUGCAAGUGACAGGACCCUGCACACGAAGCUCCUCAGUGAUUCUAUAAAUUGAAUCCAUCUCGAUCACAAACAGACAAAAAACUCCUCGAUGAUUCUAUAAAAUGAAUCUAUCUCGACCAUCGUUUUGCUCAGCCUCCAACCUUGCCCAACCGAACAGUCUUCGUCCUAUCUUGCCUAAAUUUGAGGCUUCAAGCUAUCAUAACCAACUGCCCCUCUUUAAUGGUGCGAUCGUCCGAUCAUACAAUAUAGUUACAUUAGUAAAAAAUUGGGUUUUUACAGCGCACAUUAUGCCACGGUUCACUGGAAACCGCAACAUAAUGGUGCGCGGUGGCAGUUUUGUAAAUAAAUCGAAAACAUAUGCCGCGGUUCCGCUCUGAACCGCGGCAUAUACUCCAGUCAACCAUCCCCUUUGACGCCACGUCUGAAUAAAAAAUUAAAUAACAGAGUAUAUGUCGCGGUUGUCCAGAGAACCGCGGCAUAUACCCCUGCCAAUUUAUUGCAGGGGCUGACUGAGUCAGAGAAUUUCAGAAGUUACAAGCGUAUAUGCCGCGGUUGCUCUGAGGAACCGCGGCAUAUACCGCAGUAACUUCUGAACUUCUCCGCCAGUCAGAGAAUUUCAGAAGUUACAGGGGUAUGUGCCGCGGUUUCUCAGAGCAACCGCGGCAUAUACCCCCUGUCAUCUACUGAAAUUCCCCAAAAGGCAGUUGGGGAGACAAUUGUGUUCAGCACGUUACAGGGGUAUAGGCCGCGGUUCUAAGAGUAACCGCGACCUAUUCUCCUACCUGAAAUAAAUUUAAAAUGAAUUUGAAAUAUUUAGAGGAAUAUACCGCGGUUGCCCGCUGAACCGCUGCAUAUAGUUUAAAAAUAAUUUCAAAAAUGCCAUUUAGGUUAAUUUUUUUAAUCAGUAUAGGCCGUGGUUGGUUGUGAAACCGCGGCAUAUAACUAUCUUAUACCGCGGUUAAGUAGUGAACUGCGGUAGAUUCCCCAGUUCAGAGUUAAAAAAUAAAACUUUGGAACAGUGUCGUCUUCUUGUUCGCGCAGUUUCGCGUUUUCUUCUCCCGCGACCACCCAUCUCAGUCCGUCCGUCGUUUCUGCACCGUUUAAACUCAAAAUUGUUCGGUCAUUUCUCGUUUUUGACGAUAAGAAACAGUUUUAGCCGAUCAAAAUCGUUUGAAACGCCUGUCAUUCCUCUCCGCUGCCAUUUCCCUUUGUUGCACCAAGCUUUUUCGCCGCCCCUGUUCCAGAUAUAUGGCUGAUCAUCCACAUUCUUCAGGGGAUGAGGAUCCCCCAACCAGAUCCACUAGAGGACCCACUAGGAUGAAACAACUAUUGAUCAGGAAAAAUAGUGGUGAAAGAACUUCGGUGAAUGUGAAUGUCACCACGGGUGUGGCAACUGGCCCCCAUGCAGAUGACUUCCGAUCAUACCUUGGAGUAGUGACACGUGAUAAGAUUAGCAUUCUCGUUCCAUCUUUUGAUCAUGUGUCCGAGGUUGAUCGGAACAUUAUUUGGAAAGAUAUAUUGAUGACAUUUGACAUUCCAAAUGUCACAACACUUAGAAAUAAGUGUUUGUCAACUGUUGCAGAAAAUUUCAGAAACUUUAAAAGCAAGUUGACAUCAAGAUACAUCUUUGGACACCUUAAACAUAAAAGUCCAUGUAGUUCAUAUAAGUCCAUUGAUGAGGAGACUUGGCGGCUUUUUAAAGAGAGUCGGAUGUCAGAGGAAUGGCAGGCAAUUAGAAGCAAAGCACAAGGAACAAGUGCUCACAACAAAAACCCCCACCUAUUAUCUCGUGGUGGGUAUAGGAAGCUUGAGGAGAAAAUCCUCAAGCAAAAGGCAGAUGAUAUACCACCAUCUCAGGGUGGUAGCCCUCCUCAGCCUCCUUCUCCACCGUCUAGACAUGAGAAAUGGAAGUUGGCCCGUAUGCGACCAUCGGGCACCUACUCUUCCGACACUGCACGAGAGAUUUCUGAAAGAAUUGACGCCUUGGUUGAGUAGAGCUCCCAAGGCCAAUUCACUCCAGAGGGUCGCCAGGAUAUUCUUGCUGCUGCGAUUGGACGACCUGAGCACCCUGGACGUGUACGUGCUGCAGG